GGGCUCAAGUUCAUGCCGGGCAGCAAGGUCAACCAACCGCAUACCGCGGCAGAGGAGGCCGCGGCAGAGGCGGAGGUCGCGGCAGGGGAGGUGCUCGCGGCAGAGGCCGCUACCAGCCACCUCAAGGCUAUGGGCAGCAAGCCUAUCAACCCACGCAGGGCUUCGGCCAGAACCAGCAAGGCCCUUCCGUUGUCCUGGUACCUCCGGCAGCAGGGGGUGUUGUUCCUUCCCGACCGACUAAUGCGGCAUCCGGUAAAUCUGUUGUGUCCACUUUAAAUAUUAAUGCUAAAUCUACUUUUGGUACUCACUUUCGUCAUGCAGGUUUUCCAUCAGCUGAGGGUAUUCUUGGUUCAGUUCCUCCACCAGUUGUGUGUCAGAUUUGUUUUUCUGCAGGUCAUUCUGCCUUACAUUGUCCAUCUCGCUUCUCUCAGCCAUCUGCACCUGCGUUGGUAGCUCCAAGUGGUGAAUCAAAUGAUGCUUUGUGGUACCCGGACUCCGGUGCCUCGGCUCAUAUGACAUCGUCUGAAGGACAAAAUUUCGGGGGCAGUUCUUCUUCAGGCGCACCAUAAUGGCCAUCUCUAUCCUAUCAGUCUCAGCCAUCCUGCUUCCGUAGCUUUAGCUUCCGUCACUUCUUCUGGCCCUGUGUGGCAUUGUAGACUAGGACAUUGUGGUGAUUCUGUUUUGCGUCUCUUACGCACUAGAAAACUUAUUACUAGUUCUUCAAAUUUUGAACAUGACUGUGUUUCUUGCCGUUUGGGAAAAUCUCAACGAUUACCUUUUUCGGAUGCU